AUGCCGCCGGGGGCCAGGGGGCGCCGUCAGGCCAAUAACAGCCACAGCAACAAAUCCUCAGGGAAUCAUCAUCAGCAGCAGCAGAAACAGCAGCAUCCUUCCUCUUCUAGCACCAAACGAGGCAGCGUUGUGGGCAGAGAGGAGGCGCAGGCGGAAGACAGCACACGACAGCAGAUACACGACAGCAGCAAGCAGCAGCAGAACAGCAGCAGCAAGCAAUCUACACUUACAGAACUAGAGGAGAAGGGAAGCUAUCUACAGGCAUCUGAAGAUGCUAACAAACAUGAGGAUACACCUUCAGGUGUAUAUACACCUGAGGAGCAGACAGAUGCAGGAGAGGGAAAAUCAAUGCAAGACUUUAUAGCAACGAGUGUUACCUCAGACCAACUCCUGACCGCAGCAGCAGCAGCAGUAUCCGAAGCAGCAUCAACACCAACAGCAGCAGCAGCAGCUGCUGCUGCUGUAAGGACACCCCCAGCACCAUUUUCAUCACCAGCAUCAGCAGCAGCAGCAGACCCCAUGCAUGCGCCUGUUGAUUUGCUGCAAGAAGUUGAUGCACCUGUAUUAGUGUGUAGUUCAGGUGUACGUACACCUGAAGUAUGGACAGCUUCCUCUUGCACUUCUAAGGAUGGAUGGGGUCCAUCAGAGGAAUCCGUCGCCUCCUUCCCCAACUCCUGCCCCCCUUGCCCUAACAGCAGCAGCAGCAGCAGCAGCAGCAGCAGCAGCAGCGGCGGGUUGGGUGUAGUAUUAGCGGUGUGUUUGUUCUUUGGUGCUGGGGAUAUAUUAUCAUUUUUCUUGAGUAUUAAGGCAGCAGCAGCAGCAGCAGCAGGACGAGCAGCGCUGCAGCAGCUGCAGCUGCAGCAGCAGCAGACUCUCUCUCUAGCAUUGAGCUUCGUUAGGCUACGGUGUAUAUCUCUACCCUUCUGUGUUGUUGCCAUGACAGUAAGAGGGGCCCUUCUUUCUCUUGGUGAUGCUGCACCCCAGUUGCUGACAAUAGCAGCAGCAGUUGCUGCUGCUCCUACUUUGUUUUUCUUUGCAUCAAGGGCAGCAGCAGCAGCUGCUGCUGCUCCUACUCCUGCUGCUGCUUCUCUUGUCAUUGAGGAUUUCAUCAAGGCAGCAGCAGGAACAGUUGUCGUCAUUCAAGUCAUUGCUGCCUUGUUGCUCCUUUUGCGGCUUGCAAUGCUUGCUGCUUCUGCUGCUGCUGCUGCUGCUCUUACGGACAACGAGCAGCAGCAGCAGCAGAAGCUGCAGCAGCAACCGCAGCAGCACCAGCAGCUAUUCAGUAUCAUGAAGUGGGUAGCUGUGCUGUAUAGGCCACCAACAGCAGCAGAGAUUUCUCUCUUUGGCCCCUUUAUCUUGCCUAUAAUGACCCAAUGUUGUGUUAGAUUGAUGCUGUAUUCUUCGAUGGCAAAGGCGGCCUCUCUAUGGGGCGCAAAGGGAAUGGCUGCACACCAGUUGGUGGCAGGUCUAUAUACUGUAAUUGGAAUGCCAUCCGAUGCAUUAGCACAAAUACUGAAUGCAGCGAUGGCCAGGAGGCCUCAUGAGACAAACAAAACAAGAAAAAAACAAAUCCUUGACAACAUAUAUCGUAUAGCAGCUGUUACUGCUGCCCUCUCUGCCGCUGCACAGCUCGGUGCCUCAGCUUUUUUGGGGGCGCGUUUGGCUGCAUCUGAUUCAUCUUUGUCAUCCGCCGUCUUGUUUUCGGGUAUCUGUUCAUCUGUUGUAUUAUUGUUUGUUCCUUUUGCCUCUACCUUCGAGGGAUUACUCCUCAUAAAUAGGAAUGGGAGUCGUGUAGCAGCAGCAUACGGUCUGACGCUGCCGGCCUCCUUGCUAGUAUUUGCUGCUGCAGAGUGGACAGAUUCCUCCACCAGCAGCAAAUAUUUCUUCACCAAUAGAGCCCCUUUUGUUUCUCUCCUCUGGCUGUUGCCUCUAGCCUAUAAUGUGAUUAAAAUUGCUGUUAUGUGGGCACCAGCAGCAGAAGCUGCUGCUGCUGCAACAGCAACAGAAGAAGACAAAUUUACCUAUGAUGCUGCUGCUCCCUGUGAGCAACAGGUGUGA